ACCGAUUUUUCUACAUCUUCCACACACUUCCCCUCACAAAACUUAAAAUAUCUCUCCCUCUUAUUUUCUUUCUCAGCUGAAGGCUUUCUUCACCUCCUAACCCCAAAAAAUCUUCCAUUACUAUUAUCCUUUCAAGCUUACAUGUCUUUCUUUUUUCUUCCACUCAAGCUAAAGGAAGCAAAACUCAUUCCUUUCUAGUGCUACAGUGGCCGAACCAGAACCAAUCCCUUCUUUCCCCAAUUUCAAUUUUCUCUCAAAUCCAAGGAUGAAUGGCUUACAUGUAGAGAAAUCAUUGACAAUCCUUCAUGUUGGAAGAAGAAAGUUUAGAAGAAAGUAAGAGUUUGGAGCUUUAGGACAUCUUGUAUCAAGAGGGUAUUUCCAAAUGAGAAAAUUGGAAGCUGACGUAAAAAGCCGCAAUAAACUGUUUAGUAGAAAAGCGCUUAUGAAACUGACAAGAGUUUAUUUGAGACUUAAAUGGUAUAGAGAAUUCAGGAAAAUGCCAAGAUAUUCAAGUUACCAGAAUGGUUCGUGAUGAAGAAGCAGAAGUCGCUGGACCAUAUAAAGUUCACGUUCUCAAUUGUUUGGAAAAAGUUUAGCUGUAUGGAAGUCCUCAUUAGAUAAAUACGAAAGAGUUCUUCGUAAAGACAUCCAUAAAAUUCUGAAAGUUAGCUAUGAUGAUUUGGAAGAAGAUGAGAAGGGAAUUUUUCUAGACAUCGCUUGUUUCUUUAAUUCUUAUGAAAUAAGCUACGUCAAAGAAAUACUAUACUUACAUGGUUUUCAUGCGGAAGAUGGCAUACAAGUGCUAACUGACAAAUCUCUCAUGAAAAUUGAUACCAAUGGUUGUGUGAGAAUGCAUGAGUUGAUUCAAGAAAUGGGCAGAGAAAUUGUGAGGCAGGAAUCGACAUUGGAGCCUGGAAGGUGCAGUAGAUUAUGGCUUAGUGAAGACAUUGUUCAUGUUUUGGAAGAAAACAAGGGAACUGAUACAAUUGAAAGUCAUAAUCGCCGACUUGCGCAAAGACAGAAAAGUGAAAUGGUGUGAAAAAGCCUUUGGGCAGAUGAAGAACUUAAAAAUUCUUAUAAUUCGAAAUGCACAAUUUUCCAAUGGUCCUCAAAUUCUUCCAAAUAGUUUGAGUGUGCUUGAUUGGAGCGGAUAUCCAUCCUCCUUCUUACCAUACGAGUUUAAUCCCAAGAAUCUUGCAAUACUUAACCUGUCUAAGAGUCACCUUAAAUGGUUCCAAUCACUCAAGGUGUUUCAGAUGUUGAACUUUCUGGAUUUUGAAGGAUGCAAGUUCCUAACUAAAGUACCUAGCUUAUCUAGAGUACCAAAUUUGGGGGCAUUGUGUCUUGAUUACUGCACUAAUUUAAUUAGAAUCCAUGACUCGGUUGGGUUUCUUGACAGGCUUGUGUUAUUAAGUGUUCAAGGAUGCACCCGACUAGAGAGUUUGGUUCCCUACAUUAACUUGCCAUCUCUGGAGACUUUAGAUCUUAGAGGUUGUUCGCGUCCUGAGAGCUUCCCAGAAGUACAAGGAGUGAUGAAGAAUAUAAAAGAUGUUUAUUUAGAUCAGACUGACCUAUACCAAUUGCCUUUUACAAUUGGAAAUCUUGUUGGUCUCCAACGUACGGUUGUAGAGGAUUUCGAUCAUCUGAAGAAAAUGAAGAAAAAGUGAGACCAAAAGUGUUUGCAAAUGCCAUGUGUGUUUAUAAUGAAUAUGGGAAAUCCUUCCUUAAUGUGUAUUCUCGUAACCUAAGCUCAAACGAUGUGAUAGAA